AUGCCCGUGACGACUCUCGUGAAAUUUGUGAACCACCUGAAGGAGCCCAAGAAACUAGCAUUGGCAAUUAAAGGAUUCAACGCCCUUAUUGACACCAAAGACCUCAACGUCAGACUGGAAAUCGCUGGUUACCCACUUUACGAGAAAGUGCAGUGCUUUCCACUAGAGACUCUUCUUCGGGCAGUCAACGUAACCUACGUCAACUUCAUCUCGCUGGACGUUGAAGGUGUGGAAAUGGACAUCUUGAAGAAUUUCCUGGGAGGCAACAUAACCGUGGACGUUUGGAUAGUGGAGCACAAGCAUCCAGAAGGAAUGGAUGGACCAAAUGACAAAGUUCAUCCAGGCUUCAUACACUGGUUUCAAUCCAAGGGCUAUACCUUGUACACGUAUGGGCCACCCAUCCCCACCGACUACACAUUUAUAAGGAACGGAUGGGCUAGGUAUACAUGAGAGAGCCUUUAGGUCAAGACCUGCCAGAUUUGUGAAGGAGUACUAGGAACUGCGUUGCAUACCUGGGACAGCAUCCUAAUGUCCUUGGAUGAGUUUAGUUGUAAGUACCUUGAAUCCUGAACACAUUAUUGGUUGGUAUGUUGCCUUCUUCGAUGGUACACUCAAGCUUUGAUUUCCGCUAUGGUUUACUGAAUCGUUGUGUAUCUGUGUGUAGCCUGUUUAUA